AUGUUUCUCUCUUUUUCAGAAUUCUUUCUGGAGUUGCUGGACAACUCAGAAAAGUCACUGAACGACAUGUUUGUGCGCACAUACGGCAAACUGUACACGCACAACUCGGAGAUGUUUGAGGACCUGUUCUCCGAGCUCAAGCGUUACUACACCGGCGGAAACGUUAACCUGGAGGAAGUGCUGAAUGACUUCUGGUCGAGACUUCUGGAGCGCAUGUUUCAGCUGCUGAACUCUCAGUACACCUUCACUGAUGACUAUCUGGAGUGUAUCAGCAAAUACACCGACCAGUUAAAGCCCUUUGGAGAUGUUCCGCGCAAGCUCAAGGCUCAGGUCACCAAGGCCUUCAUUGCGGCACGCUCAGGCAUCUAUGGAGCUGCAGUAGGAUCUGAUGGGACUAACUUCUUUCCAUUUGUAUUUCUCCUGCAGGUCAAUAUAUCUCCAGGCUGCAGUAAAGCAUUGACCAAAAUGCUGUACUGUCCGUACUGUGGAGGACUGCCAAGCCUCAAACCCUGUGCCAACUACUGCCAAAAUGUCAUGCGGGGCUGCCUGGCCAACCAAGCGGACCUGGACCCGGAGUGGAACCUCUUCAUCGAUGCCAUGUUGCUGGUGGCUGACAGACUGGAAGGGCCCUUCAACAUUGAGACCAUCAUGGAGCCGAUAGAUGUAAAGAUCUCAGAGGCCAUCAUGACCAUGCAGGACAACAGCAUGCAAGUUUCAUCCAAGGUAUUUCAGGGAUGUGGUCAUCCCAAACCAGCUGGAGUUGGCCGAUCUGCCCGCGGGAUCUCUGAUGUGUUCAACAGUCGCUUCAGACCCUACAGCCCAGAAGAGAGGCCCACCACGGCAGCUGGCACCAGCCUGGACAGACUGGUGAUCGACAUUAAGGAGAAGCUGAAGGAGUCAAAGGAAUUCUGGUCGUCGCUGCCAGACAGCAUGUGUGCAGAGGAUGAAAUGACUGACCCAGAUGAGGAGCAGUGCUGGAACAGUCACACAAAGGGAAGAUAUUUCCCUGAAGUUGUAAAAGACGGCCUUACGAACCAGCUCAAUAACCCAGAGGUGGAAGUGGACAUCACUAGACCAGACACCUUCAUCAGACAGCAGAUCAUGACCCUGCGAGUGAUGACCAACAAGCUGCGAAACGCCUACAAUGGCAAAGACGUCUACUUCCAAGACUCCAGUGAUGAGGAGAGCGGCUCAGGCAGCGGUAGCGGCUUCACAACUGAGCCUGAAGUGGUCCACACGGAGCCCCCGAUGCUGGAAGCAGACAAAAGCGACCCGCAACCACCAACAGACGUGGCGGCCCAUCAGCAAAAGCCUUUGUUGCAGUUACUAGUGGCAGUAACGGCCCUCACAUGGCUGCUGCUGUGGUUGAGAUAAUGGCAGUAGGCGGCACGCAGCCACACGGACGUUUAAGACAGACGCAGCAUCGCUCGCGCUGUUAGCCUUUCCAUAACUGGACUGGACAUUUUCCAAAAAAAAAAAAAAAUGGUAAUAAAAAAUAUCAAGAAAUAACCCAUGAAAAAGGAGAGCAAGCUAACUAGCUAGGCAUGAGGAGAAGGACGAGCGAGCGCAAACCUUUGCAUCCUGCUUGUUCCAAAGAAUGCUUGGUGCAAUCAGAAGCAGCUUCUCUUUUGGCCAACUGCUCUCAUUUCUAAAUGAAUUUAAGAGAAAAACUAACUUUUCGGAUGAAAAGUGGUCGCCAUGCAAAUGCUAUCGCUUUGCAUUUUCGCAAGAGAAUGGGAAAAUAUGAAAAUCUAUAUUUUUGCUUUCCUUACUGCAUAAAUGAGACGCCAAAAUACGCUCUGGUGUUUUUUGUUGUUGUUUUUGUUUUUAAUUAAAUGUUCACCCCUCCCGAAUCAUUGUGCGAUAAACAAAAAAACAGACGUUAUAAAGAAAAAAGAAACAAUAAAAACGAUAUAAAUCAACUUGUUUAUGUACCACUGUGAGAA